AUGCCCUCGUCGCCUUCGACAAUCGGCAAUCUGCCAACGAUAAUGGGGUCUUACUCAGAGCUAUGCCCGCCAUAUGCGCCCUUUAUGGGCUUUGCCGGCGUAGCGAGCUCAAUGAUCUUUAGCACGGUCGGUGCGGCCUAUGGCACCUCAAAAGCAGGCAUUGGCAUCACCGGCUUGGGAACUCAACGGCCAGACCUAGUGAUGAAGUCUUUGAUUCCUGUCGUCAUGGCCGGUAUCAUCGCCGUGUACGGCCUCGUCGUCUCCGUCCUGAUCGUUGGAGGCCUCAAUCCUGGCGAGCCGUACUCUCUGUUUGCCGGCUUCAUACAUCUUGCCGCCGGCCUGUCUUGCGGUCUAACAGGACUAGCGGCAGGACACGCGAUCGGUAUCAUUGGCGACGCCUGUGCGAGAGCGUAUAUGUUCCAGCCGAGGAUUUUCGUAUCGAUGGUGCUCAUGCUGAUCUUUGGAGAAGUCAUCGGGCUAUACGGGCAUGUCGAGGCGAUCCUGCGAUCGCUCCAAGCUAAUGUUUUGUGA